CUCUUAGGAUGUUCCAACUACACAACCCUCAACGAGUCAAACAGAGCAAUCACACAUAACAGAAGUAUUUCUUACCUAUGCGAUGCAAAUCUUAAUGGAUGGUACAGAUUUAAUGGAGAGGCUGGAACGCAAAUGGCUGACUCUUGUGUCAACAUGUAUCAUUGCGGGACCGAGUCACCUGGAUGGCUUAACGGAACUCAUCCCGACUUAACUGAUGGGGCCGUUAAACGCCAAGUGUGUUUUAGCUCUUUUGAAAACUGUUGCCAUCAUUCAAAUGAAAUAACUGUGCAACAUUGUGGAGGAUUUUACGUUUACAAACUUGAAGGACAAUCCCAUUGCAAUCUGCGUUACUGUGGAAACGGAUCACCAUAUGCACAAGGUAUUAACAAAAAUAAAACAACAACAAUCGUUUUAUUUCAUUGUUUGGCAGGCGUAUUUUCAUUCAUUUUUCAAAAUUUCAAUUUCAAAAUUCAUGCCUCGUUUUUCCAACGAAAUUGCAUUUUCUAGCAAAAUAAGAAUUAAACACCAAGACGUUUUUAAGAAAAUAAUAUAGAAGCAGCUAAGGCUCAUAUAGUAGUAACUGAAGCUGAAGAAGUAGACAAGAAUUUGACAGAUUGUACUACACGGAGUUUUCCUUUAUUUCAUAGAAUGUUACAAUUACAAAGUUCUUAACGAGACCAGCAGAUCGAAAACAUAUAAUGAAUCUUAUCGUCAAUGUGAUGAUAUGCUGUCGACCGACUGGUACAGAUUUAGUGGAGCAGCUGGAAAUCAAAUGGCAGAGUCUUGUGUUGAAGUGUAUCGUUGUGGCACACGUUACCCUGGUUGGCUCAAUGGAAGUCUUCCUACAGUAAACGAGGGGGUUGUUCAAAGAAGAGUGUGUUUCAGUGCUCACUUCUACUGUUGUUAUUUUUCGACUUACAUCAGAGUCCGUAACUGUGGUGGCUUCUACGUUUACCAACUAAAGCCGUUAACUUACUGUUACUUACGUUACUGUGGCAACGGAUAUGUAUCAUCGACACCAACGACGCCAGGUACACCUUUUCCUUCUUUCUGUUUACUUUCUUGUAUUAAUUUCCUAUUCGUUCUGCGGAUGAUGCAUUAGGCAUUCAUCGAUGAAAGAACAAACUCCUUGCCUUCAAAUGGUGAAAAUGAACGGCAGCAAUUCUAGCGUAUUUACAUUUACCCAUCCACACUUAGCGUAUUCGAAGCGUUUUCGGCCAUCCAGAUGAAAACGCUACAACGAAGGAGAGACGAUAGCAUCCCUUAAGGAGCAUGCGUUAUGCUAUAAGAAUAUAAUGUAUGGCAACAUCGUAUUGGAAAACAUCCGUUUUCGUCCGUCCACACGUAAACGAGAAUCCGGCUUUUUCUAAAAUCUCCACACUGGAGAACGUUUUUCAAAAAAUGCGUUUUCGGUGACCGUUUUUCCCUGAUACGUCUGGACGGUAGGCCAAACCGGGAAAAAAAACUAAAACGGAUACGUGUGGACAGGGCGUUGGUGGUGCCGCACAGAAAUAUCAUGUUAAUUCCACCUUUCUGGAGAGAAAAAAAUUUCUUUGUUUUCGUUUUGUUUGUUUGUCUUUUUCAUAAGAGUUACCACACACAACGACCACAAACGUAACACGUGCAAUAAGUAUCCUAUGAAGAAUUAAGUAUAUAAAGUUGUACCGAAGCAAACUUCUGAUUUUACUCCAAUUUAGAGCUCGCUUAAAAAACUUAUUAAUGAUAAUUUUGGAUUUUUUCCAGCAGGGGCCCCAAGCACCACUGACCCCGAAAUAACACCCACACGUAAGUUUCCCAGGGGGUAGAAAGAACUUGAAUGAAUGUAUUGGAAAAAAUGGGCACCUUUUCAACUAUAGUUAAACGCUAUGUAAAAACCGUGAAUCGUCCCGUAAGCGACCAUGGUGGUCUGUUCGUAAAAGAGGCCCGGACACAUCUAUUUUUGGGGCAGAAUAUACCCUCUUUACUUUUUAGAAGAGAAGUUACGAUAUGUGUUCUGUAGUUCUAUGUGAUUGUUUCAAGCUUGCUGAGGACAUGCGAUUACUAUCGGUUGGCUAAUACAUGUUGAAGGUUGCGUUCAGUCAGCCGAACAACGUUCGUCCGCAACGCUGCCUGAAUUCGUCAACAGCGUAUCAAACUUUGUCCAUUGUUGAGGUAGCAUUUUUGGAAGACAAUAGUGCUUUUGUUUCUUACAUUCUAGUGAUGAAGUUUGGUGAAUAAACGAGAAGUCAUAACAUUUAUGUCAGGAUAGAACGACAAAGAAAAAUAUCUAAAUCUUAGGCCCCGUUCACAAGCAUCCGCAUUUUUUUGAAAACGGAGAUUUUUUCUCCGUUUUCAAGAAAAAAAAAACUACCCAACCACACUUAGCGUAUUCGAAUCGUUUUCGGCCACCCACAUGAAAACGCUAAGACGAAGGAAAGACGGUAGCACCACUUACGGAGCAUGCGUCAUGCUAGAAGAACAUGAUGUAUGACAUCAUCGUAUUAGAAAACCUCCGCUUUCUUCCGUCCACACGUAAACGAGAAGCUGGCUUUUUCAAAAAUCUCCACUCUGGAGAACGUUUUAAUUUGAGAAGAUGCAAUUUCGGUGACAGUUUUCACCAAAUACAUACGUGUGGACGGUAGGACAAACCGGAGAAAAAGAUAUCCGUUAAUUCAAACAAAACAGAUAUAAUUGUGGACAUGGCCUUGGUGGUGUGGUACUGGCCCCAGUUGUUAAAAAGGUGGAUAACGCUAUCCACCUGAUAAAUCACUAUCCACUGAAUAGCGCAAUUGGUUUCCCUGACACUUAUCCUUUGGAUAGUGAUUUAUCCAGUGGAUAGCGCUCCAACGUUUGAACAACUGGGGCCAGAAAUACAGGUUAAUUCCAGGUGUUGGAAGAGAAACUAAUUUCUUUGUUUUCUUUUUGUUUGUUUAUUUGUCUUUUUCAUUAGAGUUGCCACACACAACGACCACAAAAGUAACAUCUGCAAGUAAGUAUCCCAUGAAGAUUAAAGUAUAAAGUUUUACCGAAGCAAAUUUCUGAUUUUACUCAAAAUUAGAGCUCGCUUAAAAUCUUUUUAAUGAUAUAUAUGGUAUCUUCCAGCAGGAACACCAAGCACCACUGACCCAGAAAUAACACCUACACGUAAGUCUCUCAGGGGGUUCAAAGAACUUGAAUGUAUUGGAAAAAAUGGGCACCUUUUCAACUUAAGUCAAACGCUAUGUAAAAACCGUCGAUCCCCCCGGUAAGCGACCAUGGUGGUCUGUUCGUAAAAGAGACCCGGACACAUCUAUUUUUGGAGGAGAAUUUACCCUCUUUACUUUUUAGAAGAGAAGUUACGAUAUAUGUUCUGUAGUUCCACGUUGUCACUCAAAUGAGCACUAAAUUUUCUAGCGUAUUGCCACCCUUACUUCCCACAAAUCAACCCUCUAAUGACAGAAUUGAUCAGUUAGCCCUUAACGACAACUGCAUGAUUGAAAUGUUGGUUUUCAGUCCUGAAGACUCUAAGUGAGCCUAAAAUUAAAUCUCCAAUUUACUCCCCUAAACGAGGCGUCGACGGAGGGAAACAGCUUCCCGUACCAAGAAGAAAUCAGGCCCAGCCCACCUGAUUCUGAAAUCUGCUGAUUUAGAGCCUACCGGUUUUUCUUAGCUUUUCCUAUUUUGCAACUUUACAAUAUUGCCAAACAUAGAAUGUACGCUAUUGGCUGUAGCGUUGACAAAAACUGCUGAAAAACAUAAUAUUAUAAAGUAAUAUCUUCAUCCCACAAAAACUAAAAAUAUAGUUUGUCUCGCGCAGGCAACAAUUCAGUGAUGGCUUCAAGCUCCCUGAGGACAUGCAAUCACUAUCGGUUGACUAAUAAAUGUUAAAGGUUACCUUCAGUCCGCGGAGCAACGUCUAUCCGCAACGCUGAAUGCGUCAACAGCGUAUCAAACUUUGCCUAUUGUUAAGGAUGUAUUUUUGGAAGACAAUAGUGCUUUUGUUUCUUACAUUCUAGUGAAGAAGUUUGGUGAAUAGACGAGAAGUCACAACAGUUAUGUCACGAUAGAACGGCAAAGAAAAAUAUCUGAAUCUGAGGCAUCCGGAUUUUUUUGAAAACGGACAUCUUUUCCUCCGUUUUCAAGAAAAAAAAACUACCCAUCCACACUUAACGUAUUCGAAUCGUUUUCGGCCAUCCACAUGAAAACGCUAAAACGAAGGAAGGACAAUAGCAUUCCUUAAGGAGCAUGCGUCGUGCUAGAAAAACAUGAUGUAUGACAUUAUCGUAUUGGAAAACCUCCGUUUUUGUCCGUCAACACGUAAACGAGAAGACGGCUUUUUCAAGAAUCUCCACUCUGGAGAACGUUUUUGAAAAGAUGCAUUUGCAGUGAUAGAAUUCACUGAAUACAUACGUGUGACGGUAGGACAAACCGGUAAAUAAAACUAAACCGGAUACGUGUGGACAGGGCAUAAGUGGUGUCGUACAGAAACAUAAUGCUAAUUCCACGCUUUUGGAGAGAAAAUAAUUUCUUUGUUUUCGUUUUGUUUGUUUCUUUGUCUUUUUCGUUAGAGUUACCACACACAACGAGCACAAAAGUAACACCUGCAAGUAAGUAUCCUAUGAAGAUUAAAGUAUAUAAAGUUGUACCGAAGCAAAUUUCUGAUUUUACUCAAAUUUAGAGCUCACUUAAAAACUUAUUAGGAUAAUUUUGAUUUGUUCCAUCAGGGGCACCAAGCACUACUGACCCCGAAAUAACACCCACACGUAAGUCUUUCAGGGGGUUGAAAGAACUUCAAUGAACGUAUUAGAAAAAAUGGGAACUUUUUCAACUUUUGUUAAACGCUAUGUUAAAACCGUAGAUCCUCCCGUAAGCGAUCAUGGUGGUCUGUUCGUAAAAAAGGUCCGGACACAACUAUUUUUGGAGGAGAAUUUACCCUCUUUACUUUUUAGAAGAGAAGUUACGAUAUGUGUUCUGUAGUUUCGUGUUAUGGUCUCAAGCUUGCCGAGAACAUGCGAUUACUAUCGGUUGGCUAAUAGAUGUCGAAAGUUGCGUUCAGUCAGCGGAACAACGUCCGUCCGCUACGCUGAAUGCGUCAACGGCGUAUCAAACUUUGCCCAUUGUUGAGGUUCAAUUUUUGGAAGACAAUAGCGCUUUUGUUUUUGCGUUCGAGGUACGAGAACGCAACCCCUAAUUUGUGUUGGGUGUUCUGUGCAUUAUUGGGUGACCUGUGCAAUUACUAAGGAAGGUUUUUUUGAGAUUUCAUUUUCGUUCGUCGUCGUCGUCGACACACAUUUGCCUCGCUUUGAAGCGCUUGCUUAAGUUUUGCCUCAGUUUGACGCGCUAACUCAUGUGAUGAUUCUUGUGUCCUCGGCGUUCAUCUUUCAAAGGUUUGCUAAGGUCUGAUAUUCUUCGUAAAGCGUUCAUCUUUUAAAAAGUUUGCUGAAUCUCCGUAAAGCGUACAUCGAUCUGUGAUUGCUGAAUCGUCCAAAGCGUUCAUCUUUCAGGACUUUGCUGUUAAAUUUUACUUUGGAUUAAGCCUUCACAUUUUUCAGCAUGGUUCGUCACUGUCUUUGGAAAAUGUCUGCGACUACUGGUGCAUGCAUCAAACCGGGUUUAGUUCGGCGGCAGUUAUGCCACAAAGUAAAUUUACCGAGUUGUGUAGCUCGGCGGCCGUUUUGUCACAAAGUAAAUUUACGAGUUGUGUAGCUCGGCAGCCGUUGUGCCACAAAGUAAAUCUACCGAGAUGUGAAGCUCGGUGGCGCCAUUUGACCAUGACUUGUGAUUUUUUCGGCACCAGACAAACGAACACUUUAACUCUAUGUUAUUUAUUUGGAAAAACUUAUAAAUCAGCCCACAGUAGCGCCACCAAAGUACUGGAAAAGUUAUUGACGUAAGCCGCACACACAUGUGUAGCUCGGCAGCCGUUGUGCCACAAAGUAAAUCUACCGAGAUGUGAAGCUCGGCGGCGCCAUUUGACCAUGACUUGUGAUAUUUUCGGCACCAGACAAACGAACACUUUAUCUCUAUGUUAUUUAUUAGGAAAAACUUAUAAAUCAGCCCACAGUAGCGCCACUCUCUCGAGAGUCACUGAAAUCAACACGUUCGACCAAAUUACUGGAAAAGUUAUUGACGUGAGCCGCACACACGUUCCAUUGAAGGCUUUGAUAGGGUUAGUGCGAAGUUUGAAUUCAGAUGUGAAAGCUUUUAAACCAGUAAAUUCAAUCUAAUUCAUUUUGUCAACUAGCUGAUGAUUGGAUGCUGUUAAAAAUAACAGAGAAAAUUAUCCGAAGAAAGGUUUUUGAAGAAAGAAAAAGAAUCCCGGGUUAAGAACUAAUCGGCCUUUGAGAAACUGCGCCCUGUAACUCGCGCCAGUGAAACAAAAUGUUCCAUUUACGCGUCCGACGCUGGCCAAUGUCUCCUCCGAUUAAAAGCACUUGAGACCGAACCAUACGAUAUCUUUUGAAAACGUUCUUAAAAUGAUACACAGUUUAAAUAGAGGUUUCGCUGUACGCAACCCUUACGUUCAAAAUAUGCCAUAAUCAUAUUUGUCUACAUCGAAACCACCCUUCCGCCUCAACAAACAUAUCGAACGCACUCUAAGCUCCGAUUACUCCUAGUUUACAUUCUAGUGAUGAAGUUUGGUGAAUAAACGAGAAGUCAUAACAUUUAUGUCACGAUAGUGCGACAAAGAAAAAUAUCUGAAUCUUACGCCCUGUCCACACGUAUCCGGGUUUUUUUUAAACGGAGAUCUUUUUCUCCGUUUUCAAGAAAAAAAAAAACUACCCAUCCACACUUAGCAUAUUAGAAUCGUUUUUGGCCAUCCACAUGAAAACGCUAAAAGGAAGGAAAGACGAUAGCAUCCCUUACGGAGCAUGCGUCAUGCUAGAAGAACAUGAUGCACGACAUCAUCGUAUUGGAAAACCUCCGUUUUCGUCCGCUUACGCGUGGACGGUAGGACAAACCGGAAAAAAAAAAUAUCCGUUAAUUCAAACAAAACAGAGAUAAGUGUGGACAGGGCCUUGGUGGUGCCUACUGGCCCCAGUUGUUCAAAAGGUGGAUAACGCUAUCUACCGGAUAAGUCACUAUCGACUGAAUAGCCCAGUUGGUUUCCCUAACACUUAUCCUUUGGAUAAGGAUUUAUCCAGUGAAUAGCGCUAUUGAACUUUUAAACAACUGGGGCCACAUAUACAUGUUAUUUCCAUGGUUUGGGAGAGAAACUAAUUUCUUUGUUUUCGUUUUGUUUGUUUAUUUGUCUUUUUCAUUAGAGUUACCACAGACAACGACCACAAAAGUAACACCUGCAAGUAAAUAUCCUAUGAAGAUUAAAGUAUAAAGUUGUACCGAAGCAAAUUUCUGAUUAUACUCAAAAUUAGAGCUCGCUUAAAAUCUUAUUAAUAAAAUAUUUGGUUUCUUCCAGCAGGGACACCAAGCACCACUGAGCCCGAAAUAACACCCACACGUAAGUCUCUCAGGGGGUUCAAAGAACUUGAAUGUAUUGAAAUAAAUUGGACCUUUUCAACUUACGUCAAACGCUAUGAAAAUAACCGUCGAUCCUCCCGGGUAAGUGACCAUGGUGGUCUGUUUGUAAAAGAGACCCGAACGCCAGCUUUUCCAACGGAGCAUGCGUCAUGCUAGAAGAACAUGAUGUAUGACAUCAUCGUACUGAUUUUGAUUUAUCCAAUGGAUAGCGUUAUCCACCUUUCGAACAACUGGUAUUAAGAUCCUUAUGGAUCUUUAUAAGGUUCUCAAAAGAUGCUUGUGCAGAUCUUCAAAGACCCUUAAAGAUCUUAAAAAGUGUUUUACCAGGGUGCGCUAUCCAACGUUUGAGCAACUGGGGCCAGAAAUACAUGCUAAUUCCACGUUUUUUGGAGAGAAACUAAUUUCUUCGUUUUGCUUGUUUAUCAGUGUCUUUUUCAUUAGAGUUACCACAAACGACCACGAGAAAAGUAACACCUGUAAAACUUUGUACUUUAAAAAGUACAAAGUUGUUCCAAAGCAAAUUCCUGAUUUUACUCCAAUUUAGAGCUCUUAUUAAUGAUAAUUUUGGUUUCUUCCAGCAGGGACACCAAGCACCACUGACCCCGAAAUAACACCCACA